CACCGCAGGGCUCGGAGACCUGCCUAGGAGGAGGAGCCGAGGGUCGUGGGGUCCCCACCGGAGCCCAGCACCAUGAACGACGUGGCCAUUGUGAAGGAGGGCUGGUUGCACAAGCGAGGUGAGUACAUCAAGACCUGGCGGCCACGCUACUUCCUCCUCAAGAAUGACGGCACCUUCAUCGGCUACAAGGAGCGUCCACAGGACGUGGACCAGCGCGAGUCUCCCCUCAACAACUUCUCUGUGGCACAAUGCCAGCUGAUGAAGACGGAGCGGCCCAGGCCCAACACCUUCAUCAUCCGCUGCCUGCAGUGGACCACGGUCAUUGAGCGCACCUUCCACGUGGAGACGCCUGAGGAGCGGGAGGAGUGGACCACGGCCAUUCAGACGGUGGCGGACGGGCUCAAGAGGCAGGAGGAGGAGAUAAUGGAUUUCCGGUCAGGCUCACCCAGCGACAACUCGGGGGCUGAGGAGAUGGAGGUGUCCCUGGCCAAGCCCAAGCACCGUGUGACCAUGAACGAGUUCGAGUACCUGAAGCUCCUGGGGAAAGGCACCUUUGGGAAGGUGAUCCUGGUGAAGGAGAAGGCCACAGGCCGUUACUACGCCAUGAAGAUCCUGAAGAAGGAGGUCAUCGUGGCCAAGGACGAGGUGGCACACACACUCACUGAGAACCGUGUCCUCCAGAACUCCAGGCACCCUUUUCUGACAGCCCUGAAGUACUCCUUCCAGACCCACGACCGCCUCUGCUUUGUCAUGGAAUACGCCAACGGGGGCGAGCUCUUCUUCCACCUGUCCCGGGAGCGCGUGUUCUCCGAGGAGCGGGCCCGCUUCUACGGGGCCGAGAUUGUGUCGGCCCUGGACUACCUGCACUCGGAGAAGAACGUGGUCUACAGAGACCUCAAGCUGGAGAACCUCAUGCUGGACAAGGACGGGCACAUCAAGAUCACGGACUUCGGGCUGUGCAAGGAGGGCAUCAAGGACGGCGCCACCAUGAAGACCUUCUGUGGCACGCCGGAGUACCUGGCCCCUGAGGUGCUGGAGGACAACGACUAUGGGCGGGCCGUGGACUGGUGGGGCCUGGGCGUGGUCAUGUACGAGAUGAUGUGCGGCCGCCUGCCCUUCUACAACCAGGACCACGAGAAGCUCUUCGAACUCAUCCUCAUGGAGGAGAUCCGUUUCCCGCGCACGCUUAGCCCUGAGGCCAAGUCGCUGCUCUCCGGGCUGCUCAAGAAGGACCCCAAGCAGAGGCUCGGCGGGGGUGCCGAGGACGCCAAGGAGAUCAUGCAGCACCGCUUCUUCGCCAGCAUCGUGUGGCAGGAUGUGUACGAGAAGAAGCUCAGCCCACCCUUCAAGCCCCAGGUCACGUCGGAGACAGACACCCGGUAUUUCGAUGAGGAGUUCACAGCCCAGAUGAUCACCAUCACGCCGCCCGACCAAGAUGACAACAUGGAGUGUGCGGACAGCGAGCGCAGGCCCCACUUCCCUCAAUUCUCCUACUCAGCCAGCGGCACAGCCUGAGCGAGGCUCUGGCAGGCGUCCUGGGCAGCGGUGGAGGGCCUGGACGGCAGGCUCAUCGGGGCCUCGCUGAGCGGCGUAUUUAAUUUUAUUUCUCAGCGCAUCUUCCUUCGAGCUGGUCGGGAAGACGUGAUCCUGCGGGUUUUCUUAAUUUAUUUCAUCCAGGUUGUCCUCCAGACGCAGCCUUGGCACUCAGAACAGUUAGAUGAACCUAGGAAAAUAUUCAGGAUGUCUGCAGCCACGGGCGGUGGGCUGUGGGCGGGUGGGCCUGCCUGCAACCUCCGCCAGCCCCUGGCUGUCCUGUCCCAGCGUCCAUCGCCUCGGCUCAGUGGGCACCAGAGGCUCGUCGCUGCGGCCCCCUGGAGCCCUCUCCUGGCCCCUGCACUUAGGCCGUGCCCCCUGGGGAUGGUGACCUUGAGGAGGUGGGGCUCCCCACCCCCACAACAGAGGAACAAGGUUUAAAUUCAUCCCU